UGAAUACUGCCGUGCAAUUAUUCCACUUCAUACCUUGUUCUGCAUCCUUCCUUUUCAAGGGAAGCAGCCACCAUAACCCCAAAAAGCCUAUAUGCCUUCCCAGUCCAUACCUGGUUUCGGCUCUCGGACUCACCUCUCUUCGGCAUCUUUCUCUUCUACAAGCUGCUGCCAGGCUCGGCUACUUGCACAUGGAAAUGGAAAUGGAAAUGGGUGAAGUGGAAGAGGAAGCAGCAGCACGCGGUGGGAAGCAAGGAGAAGAUGAUUCUGAUGGGGGUGUAACGGCCGGUGACAGCGGGGAAGAAUGGCUGAACCUGACGCUUGGUGGGGGAGUCACCGCAGGAGAAGGGAGCUCUUCCGGCUCCCAAUCCAAACCUCUCACCCACAAGAUGUUCUCAUGCAACUACUGCAUGAGGAAGUUCUACAGCUCGCAAGCUCUGGGGGGGCAUCAGAACGCCCAUAAACGAGAGAGGUGCGCCGCAAGGAGGUCUCACGCAUCACAAACAAGGGUGAUGGAUCUUCCCCUCCACGCGCCGUUCCUGCAGUCCCUCGGCGUUCGUCCUCAUUCCAUGGCCCACAAGCAAAUCCGGGAGCCGGAGAGGUCCAUGGCGGCGAGGUUUGAUCACACCAGGACCAUGUUGUCGUCGUUCGCCAUCGAAGAAGCCGCGCGUUCGAACUGGACUGGGAGCUUUCAGAUCGAUUCCGAACCUGCAAAGGGACCCUCAGCGCAGCACAAUCUUGACCUCAGCCUCAGGCUCUGAUAACUCUCGAAUCCAUCCCUCACAAGCUAUCUCAUCCAAAGCCACACGGUUCAUCAAUCAUGUCCAGUCCAGCUUUAUGUUUCCCGUUGCCAAUGUCAAGAAAGCCUUUUUAGUAGUACAUAGAGCUUAAGAGAAUGAAAAGCCAUGAAUGACUUUUGGAGA